AAAGAGGGGCGUGGCUCGUACAAGGUCAGUACAGUAGCUAGCUAGCAGCCCCAAAAGAACAUUACCUACCUCUAGCUCUACUUCUUCUUCUUGUGAUGGCCCAGAAGGACCCUAAUCACGAUGACUACUGUCUGGAGCAGUACAAGCACCAGUUCCAGGUUGACCUUCUCCAGGGGAGGGUGGCCUUCAUCACUGGUGGGGGGUCUGGGAUAGGAUUCCGUAUGGCCGAGCUCCUCAUGAGACACGGCUGUCAUGUGGCCAUCGGGAGCAGGCGGAGGGACAAGCUCCAGGAGUCUGCUCAGAGGUUGAGUGCAGCCACUGGUAGAGAGUGUCUGCCUAUUCAGAUGGACGUGAGGAAGUAUGACUCUGUGAAGAAUGCUGUGGAGGAAACGUUGCAAAAGUUCAAGCGUAUUGACAUCCUAAUCAACAGCGCUGCUGGGAAUUUCCUCUGUCCAGCUGCUUCUCUCUCCUCCAACGCUUUCAGAACUGUUAUUGAGAUUGACACUGUUGGUUGCUACAAUGCAAGCAGAGCUGUUUACGACGCUUACUUCAAGGAUAAUGGAGGUUGCAUCAUCAAUAUAUCCGCCACCCUUCAUUACCUCGGUCAGCCACUACAGGUGCAUGCUGGUUCAGCCAAGGCAGCCAUUGAUGCCAUGACCCGACACCUGGCUGUGGAGUGGGGGCCUAACAACAUACGAGUCAACUGUAUAGCCCCGGGGCCUAUAGAAGGGACAGUGGGAAUGAGGAAACUGGGUGGGUUAAUGUUGGAGGGCAGUCCAGAGGUCAAGGACAAGAUGAUGUCAUACAUACCCCUCGGGAGAAUGGGGACUCGUACAGAGAUUGCUGAGUCGGCUGUGUUCCUAGCUAGUGACUUGAGCUCUUAUAUAACUGGUGCAGUGUUGGUAGUGGACGGGGGAGCAUGGUUGGGGGGAGGGGGAGGACCCAUGAAGAGUAUGCUGUGACUUUUAUUAUUGUGUUUGUAAAACUAUGUCAAUGUGAUGUAACUGCUUGUUGUGGAACAUUUCUGUGGUUUUGCUAGAUAUAAAUACUAAACUGCAUAAGAAAACUUGCAUAAGAA